AAAUUUACCCCAUAGCUAGGGCUUAUUCUCAAUAUUACAUUUUCAAUUACUUUUUCAAGGUGCCAAAAACUGGGAACUUGAGCUCCUCUAUUAGUUCUAUUAGAUGAUUAUAACUUGAGCCUCUUUUUCUACAACCCGCUUACUCAUCAAUUUUCCGCCUUUUUGCUCUAGGGUUUAUUUUUUGAAGAGGCUCAUUCUUGAAGAGGUGUUAACUUUAUGGCUAACAGAUGAUCUUUGGAGGAUAUAGUCUGUGUUUAGGAGUGAUUCAGGUAUUUCUCUUUUGAACUAAUGUAAUAUUUAAAGUUUUGCACUGACCCCUAAUUUCAUAUGUCUAAGCGAAAAUCUUUUUCUCUUCCCCUAAGUAGUCCCAGUUUCUUGUUUGUUAGAUUUUUCUAAGGUUUCUUACUAUGAAGUAGAGUUCAUAGUUUCGUUGCUCAUUUUAGAGCUGCACCUAAAUUUUGUGAUUUGAUUGUUAAAUUGUCUGGUUAUACACUGGCUAGGACCAACAAUAUAAGGUUACAUAGGCACUGGAGAAGUUAAUUUGAUGAGGAUAACAAUAUCUUUUAGUUGAUCAAAAUGGUUCUCGUUUAUGAACUUUCGCUUGAAGAUAAAGAAGCAAGGAAAUGAUCAACCAUCCUCUGGUCGAGACCAGCAGUAUGAUCUUACAUAGGAUGUUAGAACAGGAUAACGAUAUUUUUUUUGUGUGAUAAGAAUGAUUCUCUUUUAUGAAAUUUAGCUUAUAACUUUGUGAUGAAUUGAGGAAAUGAUCGAAUUUGAGAAAAGCUAAAAACAUGAAAUUAGUCUUUUAUUGAGGAUUACUUAGUUAAAAUGGUCUAGUUAUACUAAAAAUGGGAACCUUUUUGGAACGUCUCGAUUUAGCAGUUGAAGUGGUGAAAGUCACUCAAUUGAGUUUUAAAGUUGCAGUGGGUCGAACACACCGCCUCAAUGAUAGAUCGACACUAAUCAAAGUGUUGACUUGUUAGUCCAACAUUUGUCUCCCACCUAGAAUAAUUGUACUUGGGAAUUAUGUUUCCAGUGUUGUCAUUAUUGACACUUAACAUCCAUAUAUAUCAUAAGAAAUUGAGGCCCUAUAAUUUGAUCACAUAUGCAGUAAUUUACCUAUGCAGAAUGAAAUUAGACAAAAAUAUGUUAUAUUUGAAAAAAUGAGAAGUAAAACAAAAAAGGAUUUUUUAUUAUGGUCUCACAAAACAAUAAAGUGGAACGUUAAUAUUUCUUUUUUAGUUUUAGCAUUUUUUGUUUCCAGAGUUCUUUCAAUCACUGGUUAAUCCAAAAGAGUAGUCCCAAUUCUUCUGCUUCUUCCAAUUCGGGACUCCCCCUUAAAUUCUUUAGUUACAGUUAUAAAUCAAAUAUACAUGAAAUUAAAUAUUGUAAAGUAGUUAUUUUCAAUCAAUGUUUAAUUCAAAAUUAGAUUAUAUUUCCAUGACCUUGUUGAAACAAUAUUUUAUUGUGUUAGUAUUGUCACUUUUAUACAAUAUAUUCUGAAUUAUUAGUAAAUUCAUUUCCAUUUGAUGUGCUGAAAUUUGUAAGUUCAAUUCAAUUUGAUAUUUCGAUUAUCUUUAAUACUAGAGGAUGUGUUAGUAUUGUCUCUAUCAUACGGUAGAUACCAAAAUUAGUAAGUUCUAUACAAUCUGAUAUUACAAGUGUUAAAGCUACGCAAUAUCUGUAUUUUCUAUAAAAUUAAGACAAGUUCCACACUGAAGACACUUCAGUUCCCACUUUUCACUUAUAGCUCCACAGAUCUAUUUUCUCUUUUGCAUUUUUCAUCUGAAAAAACACUGAUUUUGGGGCUUGGAUGAAGAAUGCACAGUAAAUUAAUAGACUGGUAGGAUGAGAAUAGAUAAUUUGAUAGUGGACAUAAAUCAUCUGGUGUAUCAGAUCCAAUCUUCUCCCGAAUUCCACAUGAUAUCAAGGGUGACAUAUUAACUUAACUGUAAGAAUGCUCAAGAUCAACUUACAAUGUAGCAUCUAAGGAUUUUUAUAAUCCCACAGAUGUAUUUUUUUGGAAGAUUAAAUCCCUGUAAGUGUUGUUCUCAACAUAAGAGAAAGAAUUUUGCCAUUAUCUCGUGGCAGUUCCAGUAAUCUGAUAUUCCUGAUAUGCUUAAUGUGGUUGGAACAUGGUUUUAUAGCGUUAAUGUGGGUAGUUUGGAGAGAGAGAAAUAUAAGAGCUUAUGAAAGUGUAGAGUCGAGUUUCUUGCAAUUGAGGAGUAGUCUCUGCUCUCUUCUUUUUUUUUUUUUGGUGUAAACAGAAAGUUCCUUCUUGCUUAGAAGAUCUCACUAGGCACUAAUUACCAUUUCAACUUCUUCUAUUUUUUUUUUCGAAAACACAAAUAAAAAGGAAUCUUUAGCAAGGUAAAGGAUCUUAUUUUUACCUUGUAAGUAUUUCUGGUAUGCCACUGCCUGUUUUUUUUAACUAAAGGUGAGAAGUUGAUUUUUAUUAUACAUUUGGUGUAGUCUAUUUAUCAGGUUGCCAUUACAGACCCCUUUUUAGUCUAAAAAAAAGAAAUAGUAGUUUUUGCCAAAGGUAAAGAUUUCUGUUUUUUCCUCCUUUGGUAUGAGUCCACUGCUUGUUUAUAAAGACUAUUUUAGAAACUGAUGGUGUGUGCGGUAAACUUUUUUUUAUGCUUCCAAUGGGUGUGGUGUUAUUUUUCAUUUUUGAACUACUCUAAACUAUUUCUUCUUGAGCCGGGGUCUAUUGAAAUAACUAUUUUUUACCUAUUAGUUAGGUGGUAAGUUCUGCAUAUACCUUCCCUCAUCGGAUAUCCUGUUAUGGGAUUAUAUUAAAUAUAUUGUUGUACUUCGAUUGGGUGUGGUGUUAUUUCCUUUUCUGAACUUCUUUGAGCUAAUUUUUCUUGAGCUAUUUUCUCGACACAUGGUUAUUGUGAUAGCCCAAGGAGUUGGGCAAGAACUUCUUGCAACAGAUAAUUCCCAUGCUAGAAGUGAACAAGAUUCUUCAGGAAACGAGCUUCCCCAAGAUGUUGGUUUGUGGGUAUCCCAUAAAAUCAGGGAUGGUUCAGCUGAAGAAGAUAAAUAUGAGAAUAUGUGGGAUCUUACACCAGAUACUGAUUUGUUAAAGGAACUGCCUGAAGAGUAUACGUUUGAAACCCCACUGGCAGAUUUGAAUGAUAACUCAUUGCAGGCUGUAUGGUCUAAGCAUGCAGACCAGAGAAGAUUAAUAAGAUCAAAGUUUUAUGUAAGAUCAUCCCACGAUGAAAAUGCAGUUUUUGUAAUCAAACAAACAAUUGAAGAACUCAUUGCAAAGUGCAAAGAGAUUGUAGAAUCUGAGGGUGAGAGAAUUAAUGAGGAUGAGGACGUGAAUGACAGAGAUCCAAGCAUUCUUCGAUUUUUGCUUUCUAUCCAUGAAGAGUUUGGCCAAGAUUUUAACUCAUUUAUUACUUAACUAAUAAAACUUCCUAUCUGUUAAUGGAUUACAAAACUUUUUAAACAUUGAGCUUCUUUUAGGUUAAUAGCAUCAUCUAUGGUAUGCUAAUAUGAAUUAUAGUUAUUACCAAUAUUUGAAGUUCUCAUGCAA